AAAGAUUUUGCAUAGGCCGUUGUGUUGCAAAAAAUAACAAGGGUAUUUGUAGCACGUUUCAGUACUGUAGUAGUAUUAGGCGUUUUUAAGGAUAUAAAUUGUAUUACGUUUACAUGGGAGUUUAACGUUAUUAAAGACCACAGCAAUGGAUGUUGAUACAUAUUUACAAACAUUUGAAAGAUCAUUGAGCACAUAUUCUGGAGAUGACCCGCUUGAUCCAUGGGAUAGAUUUGUGCAAUUUCUGGAGGGGAAGCUACCUCUAGAAGAAAGGAAAAGCAUGUCUGUUGUAUUUCAUCGUCUUGUUCAAAGAUUUCUGCAAGAGGAACGCUACCAUAACGACCCCCGGUUCGUCGAUCAUUGCAUUAAAUGUGCCAGCUUUUAUGAUGAUCCCAUCCAAGUGUACAGUCAAGUGCAUAGCCAAGGCAUUGGAACCACAGCGGCAGCGUUGUACAUUGCCUGGGCCCAACAAUUUGAGAAAAAUGGUCAGUUGCUACAAGCUGAAGCAGUCUAUGAAAGAGCUGUGGAGAACCAGGCCCAACCUGUAGACACUGUGCUUCAACACUACAGGAAGUUCCAGGACAAGGUGUUGAAGCCUCAGACAGGCGCACCUGAUGUGCCGAGGAACCCUCUUCAGAAUUCACAAUUAACCAAUCAACAAUCUCGACCAAGAGAAAUCCUUCAGCAACAGUGCAAGGAACCCGAUCUGCCCGGGUUCCCAGAUGACCGAACAGUUCGCAUAAUUUCCAAGUCCGAGUAUAACCCAUCCAACCAACCCAAAGUCCAGAAUGCCCCUCUGGAGCAGGUGGCCAUGUACUGCAAGACUGAGUUAGUCUGCGAGGGCUCUGAGUAUUGCUUUGAGGAGUUGAGAGCGAAUCGCUACUGGGCCAAACGUAAGCAGCAGGCCGAGCUGCGAGAACUGGAGGAAGAGCAAAGGAAGGCUCGAGAGGCCGAGGAGGAGUUGAGACGAAUGCAGGAACUCCUGAAGCAACUGGACAACAAAUCCCCCGUUCCACCAGCAGACCCACAAGCACCCAACAGACCUUAUGAUGGGCAUCAGGAGAGUCAUGCUGCGGUAUCAGCUGCAGGUCAUCCAGAGCUAGCGGCACUGGCGGCCCGACCCUCAGCGGCGCUCGGCAACCGUCUCUCUCUCGGCCACCGGCCAGCGGCGACCUUCAGGCCCAGCUUGGCCCUGCAACCGAGUCAGGACCUGGGGCUGGGCGCCAGACGGAAGUCCAGGCCAUUGGCCUCCGCGGUGUGGGGCCCAAGCCGUUCACUCGGGUCACUCCCUCCAUCUGGUCAGCUGUGUCCUCUGGAGGAAGUCGAAGCCUCUCGCUAUGAGGUCGCCUCCCGUCAGCAGGCGUCAGCGGUGGCAGGUCACCCGGCCGGGGCUGAGCUCUCACCCAAGCCACCGUCACCAGCCGUAACCGCGGCUACCGCCUCCGCCUCCGCGUCCUCCCUGCAGACCUCCCUCCUGCACCACCAGGCUAAUAACGCCAUGGCGGACGCAGGCACUCUCCCCAUCCAUCGCCAUGGAGCGCCAGUCUCCUGCGAGGUCCCCUACAGAGCCCUGACUCAGAGCGGCCCCUCUGCGCUCAGCACCACUGAGCCCCUACACGCCCGCAGCAGCAGUUUCCACCAGCCCCUGGACGACGCAGACCAUGAUGUUUCAAAAGAUGGGGAGAUGGACAGAGAAGGCACUAACAAUGUCUCACUGGUGGGCCAGGGCAACCACUCCCACAUCACUCCUAACAACUCCCUUGGGCUGGUCCAGGCCACUCCAUCUCGGGUUCUCCCCUCUCCAACCGUCCACACACGGGAGGCACUCGAUCUGAUAAUGGACAUGUUCCAAGCCCCGACCUUUGCACCAGAUGGACUUUCUCACAUUGCUGAGGAGAGUCUCAACUUUGGACAUUCAAAACUGAAUAGACCAGCUGUGUCCCAGCCUGCUGCUGCUGCUGCUGCAGUUUUCACCGUCUUCCAGGAUGAGGAUGACAAGGAGAAUGGAGGGCAAGUUAUGGCAUCCAACGAACGGAAAGCAUUGCAGCCUAGGGCAGAAGUCUCAGUACCUGGACCAACACAGCAGAACGAAUAUCAGGAAACCGCUGUUGGUGUGGAGUCUGUGACGGACGAGACGGCGAUGUGGGAGUCAAGGCGCUACUCUCUAGCCGCGUGUCCCAACAGCACCCGGGACUUUGCUCCGUCCGCUAACCUCGUGUCCACUCCCUUCCACCUCAGCGCACCGCACUCCUGGGAACUGGACUCCGCUCAAGAGAAUGAUGCCCCAACAGCGUUUGCUGGAUCUGAUGGGAACCCCUUUGUGCGCCAGCCCACCAAACUCAGCCCGAUCAUGGAGCAGAGCCCAGUGGACGAGAAGCUCACUGCAGCAGAGCGCACAGCAGGAGCCCAGGGCACCAUCGUGGGCGAGGGGCUGGCAGCCGUCCAGCAGAGCCAGAGCCAGGCCGCCUCCACCAGCUCCAUCAGCGCCCACCCGCUGGCCGCCCUCUCCUUCCCUGACCACACCGUGGCGCCCACAGAGGAUGUUUCCAAGAUGGCCGCCGCUUUCUCCUCUGCCGCCCCCAAACCCGGCUGGACCGUCUACCAGAGCCCAGAGAAGACGCUUGCAGACCUCUCGAAGGUGGUUGGUCAGCACGCUCCGCAGGAAACGGAAAUGGAAGCAGACGUGCCCGUGACCUUCGAGCACGUCCCGGCCGUCCACUCCUUCCUCUCCAAAAGCUCUUUUCACGUUCCGCAGACGGAGGACCUCUUUCCUGGGUCCCAGGACCUUUUCCACAGGUCACACUGUGACGUUCCCAUGAGCCCGGCCCCGGCCCCGCGACCCACUCCGGACGUGCCCAUGACCUUCGAGCAUGUUCCGGCCCCGCGACCCACUCCGGACGUGCCCGUGACCUUAGAGCACGUUCCGGCAGUCCACUCCUUCCUCUCCAAAAGCUCUUUUCACGUUCCGCAGACGGAGGACCUCUUUCCUGGGUCCCAGGACCUUUUCCACAGGUCACUCUGUGAUGUUCCCAUGAGCCCGGCCCCGGCCCCGCGACCCACUCCAGACGUCCCCAUGAGUCCAGCGGCACCUGCUUUCAAAUCGAUCCUGGACGUCCCCAUGAGUCCUGACUCGGCAGCACCAAAGCUGGACUGGUUCGCGCUGAGCAGCCCCGUUGCUGACCCGCAGUCGGACCUGGACUUCACGGGCAGCUCGCGGCAUCCCCACGGCCUCUCCGCCAGCUGGGCUCGCUCGCGGCUGGAGGUCCCCAUGGCGACGAGCCCAGCCAAGGGGUCGGAGAUGUGCCUGGACGUGCCCAUGAGUCCCGCGCAAGCCCUUGCGCCGACGGCCACCCCUGCAGCUCCCUCUCAUCUGGUCCCAGACCCUUGGAACGACGAGCUCAUCAACACUCUCCUCUCCAGACUGGACAUACCGCUCACCUCGUACCCCAGUGUCACCACAUGGGAAUGUAACCUCCCCAGCGUCUCCCCAAAGAUGACCACCACCAUGGCUGGUGAAUCAUUGCGAGUUGAUUUUGUUCUGGGCCAGGGUGCUUUUGCAACUGUCUAUCAAGCAACAAACCUCACAACAUCAGAGAAGCUUUUCCUGAAGGUGCAGAAGCCCGCCAACCCCUGGGAGUAUUACAUCAACAUUCAGCUCAACAUUCGGCUCAAAACAAGUGUGCGCCACCUUUUCAACAACAUCCACUCUGCGCACCUCUUUAGGAACGGCAGCAUUUUGCUUGGGGAUCUCCACAACUGUGGCACCCUUCUGAAUGCCAUAAACCUGUACAAGGGCCGCAGUGAGAAGGUGAUGCCCCAGGCACUGGUGCUGUAUUUCACCUCCUGCAUCCUGCACAUGGUGGACGAGCUGCACAGCGCACGCAUCGUCCACGCUGACAUCAAGCCUGACAACUUCCUGCUCGGGGAGAGGUUUCUUGAAAACGAGUCCUUUGAUCCAGAGAACUCUAAGCACGGCCUGGCCCUCAUUGACCUUGGCCAGAGCAUCGACAUGACCCUCUUCCCAGAGGGCACGGCCUUCACGGCCAAGUGCAUGACCUCGGCCUUCCAGUGCACCGAGAUGCUCAGUGGCAGACCCUGGAACUACCAGACGGACUACUUCGGAAUUGCAGGCACCGUGUACUGCAUGAUCUUCGGCUCGUACAUGCAGGUGAAACACGAGAAUGGCGAAUGGAAGCCCAGUGGAACAUUCAAACGGAAUCCGCACAGUGACUUGUGGCUGGAGUUGUUCCGCGCGCUCCUGAACGUGCCCAACUGCAAUUCGCUGCCGUGUCUGCGGCGCCUGCGCAGCCGUGUGCAAGCGGAGCUGGAGCAGCACUACAGGACCAAACUCCGCAGCCUGAAGAACAGACUGGUGGUGCAGCUGCUGGAGUCUCGGUCGUCACGCAGAUAACCCCCCCCCCCUCCAACACACACACUCUCUCUCUCUCUCUGUGUGUCUGUCUUCAGGGAUGCACAGAAUGGACACCUGCAGUGGCAGCACUCCUUUGUUUAUUCUGAGCUGAGCUGGUUUUAGCAUUUUAGCUUUGUUGUUUUUUGUAUUUCCUCUUCUACGUGUGUGUGUGUGUGUGUGUGUGUGUGUGUGUGUGUGUGUGUGUGUGUGUGUGUGUGUGUGUGUGUGUGUGUGUGUGUGUGUGUGUGUGUGUGUGUGAGAGAGAGAGAGCUAGACACAGUAGGCAAUUUAAGGAGUGUCUAUUUUUUUUUUAAAUUAUAUGUUGUGAUGUUUUGGAAUGCUCGACUAUGAGUAUUAGAAAAUGUAAAACUGCAAAAGAAACAUGUAAAUAUGCUUUGAACUGUAACUAUGUCCGCAGUAUAUGUUCUAAAUACAAAAAUAAGGCUGAGGAAGUCUUUGUACUUCUUAUUUCCCUUUACACUGUUCUCUUUACACAUUUUUUGAA